AUGGCAUCCGCCACGUCAGCGCUCCACCUCUCCCCCGUCUCCACCGCCGCGGAUCUACGUCCCUCCCCCUCUUCCUCCGCCUUCCCCGCCUCCGCUUCCGGCGUCUCCGCCGUCUCCCCCUCCUCCCGCCCAGUCCUUCCUGCCCGCUUCCGCCGCAGCAGCCAUCGCCCAGUUGCGAUAGCGCCUCUAUCGAAAGGGACUGUAUCGAAAGCACCUCAUCGCACGCGAAGAUUCCGGUGCGAGGCUGCGAGCAGCGGCGACGCGACGUCGCCCUCCUCUUCGUCGUCACCGCCAGAGGCGGCACCCGCAGCGACCCCAGCGGGCGGGGCGAAAGGGCACGCGUUCAUCCACGACUUCUGCUUCGGCAUCACAUUCGGAGCGGCAGCAGCAGUGGCGGGAGUGGCGUGGUUCCUGGUGACAAAGAGCGCGGACGCGCUGAGGCUGACAGCGCUGUUCGGCGCCACCAUUGCGCUGGGCGGGGUGGGCAGCCUGAGGGCGUGGCGCAAGGGGCAGUCGAGCACACCCUACAUCCUCGGGCAAGCAGGUGCGUGCAAGGGGAUGCCCAACCAUACACAUGCACGGGAAUCCACAUGCGCAUGCACGCUCGGGGGUUUGGGCAGCCUGAGGGCGUGGCGCAAGGGGCAGUUCAGCACACCCUACAUCCUCGGGCAAGCACGAGCGUGCAGGGAAAUGCAAGGGAGGAGGCGUGCGGGGAAAAGGCGUGAAAGCUGUGUGGAGGAGCCGUGA